AUGCCAAGAACUGUUGAAGCUUUGUUAGAUGGAGCUGCUGUUACUAAACGUGAGGUUUCUGUUGCAACUGUUGGUCAGUGUGUGAUGUCAUCGGAUUUUGCCAUGGCUCAAUUCCGUUUUCUGGUCCCUAUUUUGUUAGUCCCUGGACACUGGAAUUACCAAAGAAUGGGUUACAUGAUCCUCUACUAUUUCUACAGAAACGCAGUUUUUGUCGUCGUUUUAUUCUGCAUGCUAUUGCAUGGCCUUGACAUGAGUGAACAUGAUGGUGACCUUGAGGUAGUUUCUUGCUGUGUUCCUGGGAUCCUUGAGGAUAUGAAGAAAUUUUCUUUACAAGAAUUCUUAGCAUAA